AUGGACAAAUGGUUCGGGGAGAAACGGUUGUGGUUGUUUGGUAAUCAUCUACCGCUACUACCACGCAGCAAUCUACCCUUCAGAUGGACAUCCGGCGAGUCGAAAGCGGAAGGAGUUAUCAAAGCCAUACAGGAAAGAUCACGGGGCAGCAGUAGGAUGGACCGGUACGAGAAGCUGAGCCGGCUGGGCGAGGGCUCGUACGGUGUGGUGUACAAGUGUCGCGACCGGGAGACGGGCUCGCUGGUGGCGGUCAAGCGGUUCGUCGAGUCGGAGGACGAUCCGGCCAUCCGGAAGAUAGCGCUGCGCGAGAUCCGGCUGCUGAAGAACCUGAAGCACCCGAACCUCGUCUGCCUGCUGGAGGUGUUCCGACGGAAGCGCCGCCUGCACCUGGUAUUCGAGUUCUGCGAGCACACCGUACUGCAUGAACUGGAGCGACAUCCGGAGGGUUGCCCGGACAACCUCACCAAGCAGAUCACGUAUCAAACGAUCCAGGGGGUCGCCUACUGUCACAAGCAGGGCUGUCUGCACCGGGACAUCAAGCCGGAAAACAUCCUGCUCACCGCACAGGGUCAGGUGAAGCUGUGCGACUUUGGAUUUGCCCGGAUGCUCAGUCCUGGCGAAAACUAUACAGACUAUGUGGCCACCCGGUGGUACCGGGCCCCCGAACUGCUGGUGGGCGACACACAGUACGGGACACCGGUGGACGUGUGGGCCAUCGGCUGUGUGUUUGCCGAGCUGGUCCGCGGAGAUGCCCUCUGGCCCGGACGGUCCGACGUCGAUCAGCUUUACCUGAUCCGGCGUACGCUCGGCGAUCUACUACCUCGGCAUCUGGCCAUCUUCAAUCAGAAUGAAUUCUUUAAGGGUAUAACUCUUCCCGUUCCGCCAACGCUGGAAACAUUGGAAGCAAAAAUGCCGUCACGUACCUUAGCCAAUCCACUGAUGAUGGAUUUCUUGAAGAAAUGUCUCGAUAAAGAUCCUUCGAAGCGUUGGUCCUGCGAGCGGCUGGCGACGCACCCGUACUUUGAGGACUACAUCAGCAAGCAGAAGGAGAUCGAACAGACGAUCACGCUGGAGCAGAAGCAAAACGGCACCCGGGACUUGAAGCCGAAGACGUCCAACACGUCUCUGCCGCAGCUGCCCGGUACCCAGGAAUCACGCGUCCCGCAGAAGAACCUAUUUCUUCGGUCCGAUCACCAUUUGCCAACGAUCUAA